GAUAUUUGAAAUGUUUACAAAAGAAAGCCUGUUGCUGUGCGACACGAUUAAAAGAUUGCCUCGCAGACAUUUUCAGUAAAUAUACUUUCUUCACCCACACCAAACCACUGAGUCUUCAAGGUAAGUAGAUGUUCGUAGUUUCAACUUUCAAAGAGAGAUUUCCUUCUAAUGAACUGCAGCAUUUCUAACAAUGGUAGAUUCGGUUCAUCGCAAAAGUGGAUCUCGCGUAUUACAUUUCACAGAAAAAGAUGAAUGCGAGCAUCAUUUGAACAGCAUUGAAUAUCUCUAUACACUAAGUGUUUCUCAUUCACCCCACAGCCUUUCACCUCACUUUAGCAUUUGUACUUAAGCCCUCAGAUUGAGACGUGCACCUUCAUAACUACUCGCCGUUUUUCUCUCCAAAAGCUGCGCUUCUCAAUUGUGACCGAAAUGAAACUGAUCCUGUUUUAUGUGCUGUUUAUGACUGCCGUGAGUCAAGAAAAAUUGUCCUCUAAAGCUAUACACUUGGAAAUGAAAGGCUUCAUCCCGCGAUCUUGUUUGGAUUACCUACGAGAUGGCAUCUUUGGAAGCGACUUCUACUGGCUCUUUGAUAGCCACAAUAAGCGAUACGUGACUUACUGCGAUUUCUCGUCUGAGCCGGGCUCAGCCUGGACGCUUGUCAUGUCCUGGAACCGAGCAUCGAAAGAUCUUCCUCAUUUUCGAAGCAAGACAUUUCUGCAGGACGCACCAAUCAACCACAAGACUCCGAACUGGAACUCUUACCGCCAGACUCUGGCUCGAAUGAAGAUUCUUCGCAGCCAAUCAAAGUACUGGCGAGCAACCUGCAGCUUUGACCAAAUGCAACAAAAGAUUGAUUACAGAGAUUACCUCAGAGGCAAGUUCAGCGACUUUGACAUCAUGACGUAUGUUGGUGAGGGUAAAUGUUUCCCGGUAGAUUACGCGAAUAUCCGUGGACAUGUGGCAGGGAGUGGUACUACAGCAAGGUUCUGGCAGGUUCUCAACACUUACACCCUUCACACCGACAGUUUUCACAUCGGUGACUGUGCCUUCAAACCUAACACUGGAGCUGUUUCAAGUGAAGACAACUUUGGUUUCUACGGCGUCAUCAACAAGAAUUUCCGCUGCACCAUGGCAAAUGAUUCGACAACCCAAUGGUGGUUCGGUGGAUACUUGGAUGAACUAUGAAGUCGUCUGUAUGUAGACUCCAGAAGCAGUGAUAUGAAGCCAAGCUAAAUUAUAUGAUCAUAGACCCAUUCAAAAAGAGCUACAAUUGUUUUAGCUACUAGAGCUUUAUAGAAUACAAUGGAUGGCACUUGGAAACAUGUAAACAAUUAUGGUAUUUUGAGAAUUUCUGAUGAUUUUGACAUAAGUGCGGCAAGUUUGUCAUCUAUUUAAAUCGGAAAAUCCCACAUGUGGCCACUUCUGCUCUGUUGUUAUGUUCCUGCUGUUUCUCAUUAAAUAGGAAUACCGUCUAAAUACCCCAUAGAGUGACAAGAGCGGAUCAAUCCGACUUGAUCUUUACGUUAAACUAAUUUAAUUCUGUUGUGAAUUUUUGCUCUUUGAAGACACAAUUAACGACGACAAUUCUUGAAUGGGUCUAUAGGACUAUAAUCAGACUGGACCAUCCUGUAAACAAUUUGUUAGAGGUAGCUAGUACGACAAGUUACACUGAUAUAAUAAAUUUGGUAUACGAAACCAAGCUCUAAACGUGACCACAGUUUUAAUAUGAACAUGAAUUGCAAACUUUUUCCAGGUGGCUUAAUACAGUUUUGGCUAGACUCGAUGGCUCUUAAACGCAAUAGUGCUAAAACCUUUUACCUGGCUUCAUGUUAGUAGCGCGGCAAAAAUGACGCAAAAAAACUAUAAACGAUAUAAGGAUAGAGGAAAACAAGUUACGUUUAUCACUUAAUGAUCACGUGAAAGCGUCAUGGUUUCGAUAUCCUCUCAGGGAUGUGUUUAAAUCUGGAACUAAAACAUACUUAAAGAAAGGUCGUAAACAGCCGCCAGAAGAGUGCUAAUUCUGUGUUUCUAUUUUAUCGGAUUUGACUCAUGAAACAGAAAAGCCAAUGUUUCAAAUCAGGUGCGGUUUGAUAGUGGCGUUCAACUGACCUCACGCAGCCUCUAGAUGCAAUAUCUACGACGGGGUUAUCAUUAAUUAUGUUCUUUGGCUUUUUUAGUUACACUAAUAUGCCAGGCCCAUUUAUCGUAGGGCGAGGGAAAAUUGAGAUGUAUCGAGAAUAUAGUUAUUUGUAAAGAUGCCGGUCUCAAUGUUAUUUGGUUUCUCUGUUUGUAGUAACAGCCGCUAAGAGAUGUCCCUCUAUGAAGCGUUUUGCUAAUCGAACUAACCAGAAAACCGUAAACGCUACAAAAUUUAGUCUAAAAUUCGGGGAAAAGAGUAAAGCCUGCCUUCCACUAGCAUAAGUGAACAUAACCCCAAAGAUAACCAUCAAUAUAAACCAUAAGAAAACAGUAAGUAAUGCACAUAAAAGUGUAAGGAUUCAAAUUUUGAUCCUAGCGUUUUGUAUUUACCCUAGCGUUUCUUAGUGCCAAUAUAAAGCUUAAAGUUGUUCUUAUGAGUGAAAACCUUGUCAAAACCAGGCUUACAGAUCUUUCUUGCCCAUGAAACUCUGGAAUCUAAGAGCAUAAAAUGAGCAACAGCCAGCCGAAAAGUGCGUGGCUGUCAUUGACAUGUACAAAUGACUCGUACCCAUUUGGGGCCUCUAUGCCGGCUAACAUCUUUGCAUCUUUAACUUUCCCGGAAAGUAAGUAAGGCUUACUAUGUAAUAAUAUGAUCUCAUUUAACGAAAGGUAGACGACGUUCAUCAAAGUGACUUUCAAUCGAAAGGGUCUAAUUCGGCUUCCCUAGCCCACCUCAUUUACCGACAGCUUGUGUCAUUUUGGCAAAGCCUGUGUAAGUUUGCAGAAGCUCCACGAGACGAGAUAUUUGUCUGUGUCGUAAUAUUUUUAAUAACUUUUUGCCUUGAAUAUUUGCAGACUGGCACUCUUAGCUGAAUAGCUUGCUUAACCAGAGGACAAAACUGAUCAGAUUGUGAGGUCUUGCUGUGUGAAAUGUUUAUAAUAGGAAGCCCGUAAUUGUACUACGAGAUUACAAUAUUGCUUCGUAUAUAGUUAUAGUAAAUAUAAGGUUCUUAACUAACAUCAAACUACUGAAUCUUCAAGGUAGGUAGGUGAAACGAAUUAUCAUGAUGGUUGCGACAGAUCAUCUUUCGUGAUCGCUAUUGAACCUCUACAUUUAGUAAAAUAGUAGUAGAUUGGGUUCCUUACACAAGCAGAUCUCGCAUAAUAUAGAUGAAUGCAAAUAUCACUC